AUGCCUUUCCCUCUCACAUUAUUUCUCUUAAACGACAUUCAAUUCGAUACGGCUUCCCAUUUGAUCUGCUCACGUGACCAGAUACCGUUAUCACAUUUCUCAGAAGCAAUCAAACCAAAACUACAUCGCCACAUGUCGCUUUAUAAUGCUACAAAUGGCACUAAACCAAUCUUCGACCCUAUAGGUGGCCAUAAUGGGUAUAGAGUCGGCGCCCGGAUUGCACGUGUGCAAAUAGCAUUGGCUCUGUUUUUAGGCGUCUCUGCAUUCAUGCUCUUCUGUAUGCUUAGAAAGCGAUAUCCACGUAUUUAUGUGGCCAACUUUAAUCGGGCCAACCAAAACUACUUCCAUAGUUUCUCGCGGCGGAAUCUUCCGCGGCUCCCAGCGCUGCUUUUUGGAUGGGUUCCAAUAGUGUACAAAAUCAACGAGGAACAAGUGUUGGAACAUGCAGGGUUGGAUGCAGUGGUGUUUUUAGGCUUCUUCAAGAUGUGUAUAAAGACUUUGGCCGUGUGUGUUCUCUUUGCAUAUACGGUGUUGUCACCGGUGCGGUAUUGGUUUACUGGUAGGGUUGAUUUCCCUGGGGAGGGAGAAGAUAACGACGAGCUCAUGAACUUUUUCUUUGGGAGUUUUUUAAAACGUAAGCACAAGCACAGCUUCGAGCAGUUCUUGUGGAUGUAUACUGUGUUCACGUAUGUGUUUACCUUCGUGUUGCUAUACUUCCUCUACCGCCAGACCCUUAAGAUCAUUGAUAUGCGUCAACACUAUUUGGGUAAGCAGAGCUCCAUUACAGAUAGAACCAUAAAAAUUCUGGGAAUUCCACCGGUGCUUCGCGACGAAGAGCUGCUCAAAAGGCACAUCAAUUCUCUCGGUGUGGGAGAGGUCGAUUCGGUGUGUGUUGUUAAAGAAUGGAACGUCCUCAAUGAUCUUUUUAGCCUUCGCAAGCAUCUCCUUUAUCAGCUCGAGUCACUGUGGGUGGAGUUUUUCACACUCAACAAGAUACAAAAUCUCUCAGAGCUUGCACCAUCCGACCUACGCCUGUCGGUAGGAGAAGACAUCCGCAUGUCUGACGGCACAGCUGGCAGUAGUACCACGUCUCCGCGCUAUAGAGACUCUCAGUCACCAGAGGGCUCACCAGAGGGUUCCCCUGAUUCUGGUCCAAAUAGUGAGACCGCAUCCGUGGUGACAUCCGCCUCAUGCAUUGAUAUCGUCACUGAGCACCUUGCGCGCUCUGUGCUCGCCAACAACGACAGUGAGCCAUCACUCAUCAUAGACGAGUCAUUGAAGCGCCCCAAAAUGAGAAAAGGUUGGUUUGGUGUAUGUGGCCCAAAGGUCGAUAAGAUAGAUUAUUACAACCAGAAGCUACUGGUGGUCGAUAAGGAAAUUAAACGCUAUCGCAAGCGUGACUUCCCACCUAGCUCCACGGCCUUUAUCACGAUGAGAUCCGUUGCGCAGGCGCAAAUGCUAGCUCAAGCUGUAUUGGAUCCAAAGGUAAACCACCUCAUCACUAAUUUGGCGCCGGCUCCUCACGAUAUUAUAUGGAAGAACUUGUGUUUAUCUCGGAAUGAGAGAAACACGAGGAUUUUUUUGGUGAUGACUCUCAUUGGUCUCAUCUCUGUGCUAUUGGUUAUUCCUGUUCGCUUCUUGACCAACUUUCUUAACAUAAAGUCUAUCUCGAGGGUCUCUCCCGGACUAGCACGUUUUUUGAAAGAUCAUAAGUGGGCCGAAAAUAUCAUCACAGGUAUUUUACCCCCAUAUGUGUUUACAAUUUUUAACAUCGUGAUGCCAUAUGUAUACAUAUGGUUCACUAAGCGGCAGGGCUAUACCAGCAGGGGAGAUGAGGAAUUAUCAGCAAUCUCGAAGAAUUUCUUCUACAUUUUUGUGAAUUUGUUCUUGGUAUUUACCCUCUUUGGUACAGCCAUCUUGACUGAUACAGCACAACUUGCGUAUCAAUUAGCAGAUUCAUUGAAAAAGCUAAGUUUGUUCUAUGUUGACUUAAUCAUCCUACAAGGAAUUGGAAUCUUUCCAUACAAGCUUCUUUUGCUAGGAAAUCUCCUCAAAUGGCCGCUCGGCAGUCUCAUUUGGUGCAAGACACCUCGAGACUAUUUCAAUUUGCAUAAACCUCCGGUGUUCAAUUUUGGAUUGCAGCUUCCGCAACCAAUUUUAAUUCUUAUCAUCACAAUUACCUAUUCCGUCAUCUCCACAAAGAUCGUCACUGCCGGCCUAAUUUAUUUCAUAAUCGGAUACUUCGUGUUCAAGUACCAGCUCUUGUACGCCUGUGUCCAUCCACCCCAUAAUACCGGUAAAGUGUGGCCUUUGGUGGUGCGGCGCGUUAUAUUGGGGCUCCUCAUUUUCCACACCAUGAUGGUUGGAACUUUGACUGCUGAAAGAGCCUAUACUUGUGCCACAGUCAUUUUACCCAUGCCUGUGUUUACCAUGUAUAUAUUCUGGUAUUUUCACAAACAUUACAUCCCGCUUUCGAGCUUCAUUGCCUUGCGCUCGAUUGAAAAUAAUGAGUUGCCUUAUCAUGGAGACGAGGAGCGUGGAUUGUAUGGAUCUACUAGCCGUGCACAAACUCUUGACGAAGAGCGGGAGUUCAAUCAGAGCUACGUAUAUCCAAAUCUUGUGAGUGAUCUCGAUGGUCCGCUCGUGGCUGUUGAUAACAGUGAAGUGCUCUUCAUUGGCGCAGAUGGGUCUUCCACACGUAAACGGAUCCCGAUUUUUCAAUAA